CAUAGACGUUGUCCAUCCUGCUGAUGCUCCCUCGUCUCAUCGUAAACUCUUGUGCACCCUCUGGUGCUUGCUAGUCUCCCAAACUUCUUUGUGUAGCCUGCUUUGCAGAUUGUCUUCCUUGUCUGUGUGGUUGCUCAUUAUUCAGAGACAGACGGAUCUCAGGUCAUCUGCAGCUGCAGCAAAGGAGAAGCAGGAAAGAUGGCGAUCAUCCAUUAGACCGACCGGGCGCACGCAUGAAAUACGAGGACAACUUUUGGGAGGAUCGCUUGAGGAGAAGAUUGUACCAGUUUCCCUGAUUUUCCAGGGAGUUCUCCCCCUUUGUAGUGAUGGAGGUAUUGCAGUGUGAUGGCUGUGACUUCCGUGCCGAGUCAUAUGAUGACUUGAAGACCCACAUACAGGAAGUACACACUGUUUUCCUGCAGCCUGCAGAUGCAGAUGAGUCUGAUUCUCUGAAAGACGAGGAGGAAGAUGAGGAGGAAGAAGAGGAAUUGCAGGAUAAGGAGGACAAGGAUUUUUCGCCUACUAAAGCUGGAAUGAGCCCCAACUCUACUGACAGUCCCAACCAAACAUCACAAAAGCAGACGACUGAAACCCAUCUGCCGUUUUACCAGUGCAAGUUCUGUGUCCGUUACUUCAGAUCAAAGUCAUUCUUAAAAAACCACACCAAAAAAGUGCAUAAUGUCAUAGAGGAUGAUUCAGAUACAAGCAUCUCCUCACAGACAGCUAAGCAGCCCAGCUACACUGUUAUAAUGCACAAUGACAAUUCAAAAGUGUAUUCCUGUCAGUAUUGCACAUACAAGUCUCCACGCAAAGCAAGGAUAGUGAAACACCAACUCAUGUAUCAUAACAAAGUUCCCUCAGAUAGCGCUGAAGAUCCUCCACCGUACGUCGAUACUGGGGAGGAAUCUGACUCGGCUAGGGGACUCAUGAAGGGAACAUUUGCCUGUGAAUGGUGUGACUAUCAGACUGACCAGAAGGACAGCUGGACUGAUCACGUGGUGAAGGAACACAGUGACAAGGUCAAGAUAGUUUCCUGCAUUGCAGAGCUGGAAGGGGAGGCAAGUGCAAGCUCACCCAAACCAGAUUCUCCCUCCUCCUCCUCCCAUAGCCCAGCUAGAUCAAAGGCGAGUUUUGUUGAGGGUUGUGGGAAGGAGGAGUCGGUUGGAAAAACACCAGAAAACACCUUGGAAAAGUCCGCUGCAGAGAUCUCCUCCUUCCAGUAUGCACAGAUGAGUGCAGUAACACCCAACAGCACGGGUUCCUCCAUUUUGUCUAAGAGGUUUGCAUCAUCUGACGUCCCCAACAGUGUCAUACAGAUGGAUGCGAACUUACUCAAUGAGGACGACUCAAGGAGCACCUUAGAGGAUGACGACGAUGAAGAGUUGGGCGACAUAGAUGAUCCCAGCUAUACCGGAACCCUGUCUGCAGAUGCAAAGCAGUUAUUGACGGAUGAGGAUAAUAAAUUACUGGAGACUAAAGGGAUACCUUUUAGAAAAUACAUGAACCGGUUUCAGUGCCCCUUCUGCUCCUUCCUCACCAUGCACAGGCGGAGUAUCUCCCGCCACAUUGAAAACAUUCACCUUUCCGGCAAAACCACAGUGUAUAAAUGUGAUGAAUGUCCGUUUAUUUGCACCAGCCCUCUGAAACUAGGCACGCACAAACAGAGCCACAACUCCUCAGAUUUAGAGACCAUGGACCUAACAAAUGAUAGUCCAGAUCCUCAGAAUGACGGUGUCGCAGAGCCAGUUAACGGGGGUAGUGUAAGUUCCAAAGUCAAUGGGAAAAAGACAACCAGCACAUCGAACGACCAGCAGAACCCUCAUCGCUGCACGCUCUGCAGCUUCUCUACCACUACUCUGAAAGGUCUGAGGGUCCACCAGCAGCAUAAGCAUUCCUACUGUGAUGACCUAGAUCCCACUGUCUUUGAAGCCCAGCUGACUGACCAGCCAGAUUCUGAAGUGGAUGCCUCUCCAAUCUUUCUACAAAAAACCCAGACCUCCAUUUUAGGACUUACCUCCAAAAAGUCCUUAGUUACAGGGAAAAGAGCCAGGAAGUCCAUCAAUGACUUGCCUUUGGAUUUGUCCUCAGUCAAAAAGAGGACUAGAAUUGAUGAAAUUGCCAGUAACCUUCAAAGUAAGAUAAGCCAAAGCCAACAGGACACCAUCAUAAAUCUAGACGAUAUGGAUGAUGAAGACGCUGGAGAAAAUCACGGCAGUGCUGACGAGGGUGGAAACCUCGACAACAAAAACCCUGUCUUUGCUUACACACAGCAGCUUCAUGCGAGAGACUCACUGCUGUCUCAUGAUGUAGGCAGAAUAGGGAAAAGAAAAAGCAACCCCAAGUCAAAGCCCAGAAGCAUUCCUAUAUCACUGACUCUCUCUGACGACAGUGAAAACAUCUCUGCUGAUCCCAAUGACGGUGUAGUCCAAGAGAGCAUGGACUAUUCAGAGGACCCUGGAACCACACGUUUCUACUGUAAACACUGUGAUUACCACAACAAGUCAGCCCGUAGCGUCAGCACCCAUUACCAGAGGAUGCACCCUUACAUCAAGUUCAGCUUUAAGUACAUCCUGGACCCUGAAGACCAGAGUGCAGUCUUCCGCUGCUUAGAGUGUUAUAUUGAAUACACAAAUUACAAUGAUCUGCAUCAACACUACAUGGAUCACCACCCUGAAGCAAGCAACGUGCUCAACUUCAACCAGCCGCAUCUGUUGUACAUGUGUCGCUUCUGUUCGUAUACAAGCCCUAAUGUGAGGAGCCUAAUGCCCCAUUACCAAAGAAUGCAUCCCACGGUGAAAAUCAACAACGCCAUGAUUUUCUCAAGCUAUAUUGUUGAGCAGACCCACAAAUCUGGUGAAUCGCAAACUCUGAGGGAAAUAUUAAACUCUGGUCCCAAGAAUUUUAACUCGGCUGCUUCGAUGCCCAGGUCCUCCUCAAGCCCUGUCCUGAAAACUGUUUCCAAGUCCCCUGAAGCUAGCGCCGAGGCAGAACCUCUCAAAGAAGCUAUGGGUGGUAACGUCGUUGUCUAUGAUUGUGAUGUAUGCUCCUUUGCUAGCCCGAACAUGCACUCUGUUUUGGUCCAUUACCAGAAGAAACACCCAGAGCAGAAGGCGUCUUACUUCCGUAUUCAGAAAACCAUGAAGGUCAUCUCCGUAGAUCAGUCGCAGCCUGCGGCCAACUCUUCAUUCAGCCCCAGCAUGUCUUCGACGCCAAAACAACACAGUGCAGCACUGUAUGGAUCAGAUGACGAAAUGUACUACUGUAAACAUUGCGUGUACAGCAACAGAUCCGUUGUUGGUGUGUUGGUCCAUUAUCAGAAACGACACCCAGAAGUGAAAGUGACGGCGAAAUAUAUCAAACAUGGUGCUCCUACCCCUGGUUUGAUGAAAUUAAUGGAUGAAUUGCAAAUCGCGACUCCCAAACAGUUUUUGAAGCAGUUUCAAAAUAAUGGUCACGACGGAUCUAAUAACUCGAGUCCUAAACCAGGAAGUGGUGAGAAAGGCGAGGAUGAGCUGUUCUUUUGUCAGCACUGUGAUUACGGCAACCGUACUGUAAAAGGAGUGCUUAUUCACUACCAGAAGAAGCACCGUGAAACCAAGGCCAACGCUGACCUUGUACGUCGUCACACUGCAGUUGUCCGGAGUCAGCGUGAGCGUGCACAGAUGGUUCAGUCAGGUAGCGUCUCUUCUGCCAUGAUACCAGCACCUCCAGACAAUGAAAACGCAACACCUUUGCGUUCCCUUAAGUGCAGACACUGUUCCUACACAUCCCCUUAUGUCUAUGCCCUAAAGAAACACCUGAAGAAAGAGCAUCCCACUGUGAAAGCCACAGCCAUGGCCAUUUUACACUGGGCUUACCAGGAUGGCAUUCUGGAGGCUGGCUACCACUGCGAGUGGUGCAUAUAUUCCCAUGCUGAACCCCAGGGCUUGUUGCUCCAUUACCAAAGACGUCACCCUGAACAUAAUGUUGAUUACACAUACAUGGCCAGUAAGCUAUGGGCUGGACCUGAAACCACCCAACAUGGGGGCAAUAUGGAAACAAAACAUUACAAAUGUAGAGACUGUGCCUUUGAGGCCUGUUCAAUAUGGGACAUCACCAGUCACUAUCAGGCAGUCCACCCCUGGGCGAUCAAAGGGGAUGAAUCUGUGCUUUUGGAUAUCAUCAAAGGGAACGGCUCAGCUGAAAAGCUCCACCAGCAGGUUGCCAGUGAACAUGUGGUUCUGAAUUGUCAAUCUGUUGAAGAUGAUGGAACACUGAUCAUUGCCACACCACCCCAAGAAAGCAAUCCCCAUCCUUCCCACCCACGCCUUUCCAUCUGUAGUAAUUCUUAUCAGUGUACUGUAUGUCUGUCCGAGUACAACAGUCUCCACGGCCUCCUCACUCACUAUGGAAAGAAGCACCCAGGCAUGAAAGUAAAAGCUGCAGAUUUUGCACAAGAGGCAGACAUCAACCCCAGUUCUGUGUAUAAAUGUCGUCACUGUCCGUACGUAAACUCCCGCAUUCACGGAGUCCUAACUCACUAUCAGAAAAGGCACCCACUGGUGAAAGUCACAGCAGAGGACUUUGCAGACGAUAUAGAGCAAAUCUCCGAGUUACACGAAGGAGAUGACAAGUUCAAAACUCAAAGACAGGGCUAUGGCGCAUACAGAUGCAAAAUGUGCCCGUACACACACGGAACUCUGGAGAAGCUGAAAAUCCAUUAUGAGAAAUAUCACAAUCAGUCUGCUUCUGAUAUGUUCACUCCCUCGCUUACAAUUUUUUCUUCCGGUAAAGAUACAGAGCCAGUAGCCGAAUGCAGUGCCAGUAAUAUAUCAAGCACAGCAAAACUCCAAGAGGUCAGCGAAUUGGACCUUGCCCUCUCUCAGUUACCCAUCAAUAAGACAGAGAAACAUGCUGUAUUCAAGUGUCAGCUCUGCAAAUACUUUUGCUCCACGAGGAAAGGCAUCGCUCGCCACUACCGCAUCAAGCACAACAAUGUCCGUGCUCAGCCAGAGGGUAAAAACAAUGUCUUCAAAUGUGCUCUAUGUUCAUACACUAACCCUAUUCGCAAAGGUCUGGCAGCACACUACCAGAAGCGUCACGAUAUCGACGCAUAUUAUACCCAUUGUCUGGCUGCUUCCAAGACUAUGACUGAAAAGCCAACCAAAGUGAUGGCUCCUCCGCCGUCAGAAGGGGACAGUUCAGAAAUGAGUGAAGACUUGCGUUUGGCUGUGGAGAGACGAAGGUGUUCUCUUUGCGCCUUCCAGGCCUUCAGCAGGAAGAGCAUUGUUUCACACUACAUUAAACGCCACCCAGGUGUCUUCCCCAAGAAGCAACAUUCUAGCAAGCUUGGUCGGUAUUUUACUGUUAUAUAUGCCAAAGAACCCGAGGAAACUGCUGUCAGUGCAUUGGCAGAGGAAGACAAGGAAGUGCUGGAGGUUCCACUUGAACCCGAGCAGGACAGCGAGGUUGAAUGGCUGCCAUUCAAGUGUCUAAAAUGCUUCCGGUUGUCCUUUAGCACAGGAGAGCUGCUCUCUAUGCACUACAACGACCACCACAGCAAUGACUUAAAGAGGGACUUUGUGGUAUCGCCUGAUCCUGGGGAGGAGGACUCUGAGUUGUACCAGUGUUCUCACUGUGAACUGAAGUUCCUUGGUCUCCCUAUUCUGGCCAAACAUCUGCUGAAUCACAAUGAGGAGUUUCAGAAGAGGGCCAUGAGGCAGGAGAGAAGGAGGCAGCUUCUCAGCAAGCAGAGAGCAACAGACCUGCCUGAGACUAAACCCGAGAAGGAAAGCCCUGUAAAUAGAACUCCGAUAGGAUUCAGGUGUAAGUUCUGUAUAGAGAUCCACCCGACGCUCCGAGCAAUCUGCAACCACCUGAGGAAGCACGUCCAGUACGGAGAGGUCAAAGAGGGACAUGUCAAGCAGGAGGUCAAUGAGGUGCCCCUGACCCUGCCCUCAGAGAGCCUAACUAAUGGCGACCUGGAGGGCGAUGAAGCGGCAGAAACCGACUGCCUUGAGAGACCUGCAGUCACGGUGAUGGGCCCACCCUUCUCCACAGCUUCAGAUGAUGUUGCUGUUGCCGUGGAGACCCUGGAUCCAGAAGUGGAUGUCGUUGCAGGAAGGGCAGCGGCCCUCGUGGCUGCAGCCCGGGCCGUGGUGUCCGAGAGCCAGCUGAAGCAGCGGUUAGCAGCCGGGGGUCACCCUUGUGCCCAGUGCGACCGAGUCUUCAUGUCCAUGCAGGGACUGAGGUCCCAUGAGAGGAGCCACUCAGCCAUGGCACUGUUCAGCAGAGAGGACAAAUACAGCUGCCAGUACUGCCAGUUUGUCUCACCCUUCAGGCACAAUCUGGACAGACAUGUGCAGUCUCACCACGGGCACCACAAGCCCUUCAAGUGCAAGCUCUGCCCCUUUAAAUCUGCCUACGUGAGCCGCUUGAAGAGCCACCUGCAUAAGGCACACACAGGUGAGCAGCACACAUACAGGUGCUUGUCGUGCCCCUUCUCCUCCAUGACCAUCAGCCAGCUGAAGGAGCACUCUCUGAGAGACCACGGCGAGGCCCUGACCCUUCCGAAACUCCGAGCUGCCACCCAGGCAGCGCAUGCCGCCCUCAGGCCGUCACGACUGCCCAGUAACAUUGAGCAGACGCCCAUGGCCCCGGAUGAUCCAUCGUACCUGGAGCCGGCUGACGUCCGCCAGCAGCUCAGUCAUUACCAGCUGGCCUCCCGCAGUCAAUUGUCUUCCAGCUCGACUCCUGGUGGCUUGAUAGUGGCUGACGGUCGUCCAGAAAGUGUGCUCACCUGCGAGUUUUGCGAGUUCAGCUCUGGAUACAUGCAGAGUCUCCGCCGGCACUACAGGGACCGUCACGGUGGCAAGAAGCUCUUCAAGUGCAAAGACUGCUCCUUUUUCACCUGCUACAGGAAUACCUUCACCAUGCAUGUGGAGGCAGGUCACAACAACAAUUCACCUGAGGAUCUCCCUAAAGACCUGCGCUGCCCGCUCUGCCUCUACCACACCAAACACAAGAGCAAUAUGAUCGACCACAUUGUUCUCCACAGAGAGGAGCGCGUGGCUCCGCUGGAGGUCAGCCGCUCCAAGCUGUCGCGCCACCUUCAGGGCUUGGUUUUCCGUUGCCACAAAUGCACCUUCACAUGCUCCAGCGAUCAGGCCCUGCAGCUGCACCUGCAGAAGCACGCUGAGAUCAAGCCCUACCAGUGCCAGCUCUGCUAUUAUGACAGCAGUCGACGGAGCCAGCUAGAGGAGCAUCUCCGCCUUGAGCACAAGGUUAUCCGCAACUUUGAGCUGAUGGGUCGGGUCAACCUGGACCAGCUGGAGAUGAUACAGGAACAAGGGAGCAGCGCAGAGGAGGACGAGGAGCGAGAAAUGAUGGAGAUGGUAGUCGAUGAAAAAGCUGCUAUGGAGGAGGAGGAAGAGGAGGAGGAGGAGGAGGAGGAUGACGAAGGAAUGGAAAUGAUGGAGAACCUAGUGGAAGAGCAGAGGGAGAUGGACGGUGACGAGAUGGACGACAACAUCAAAGAGGAGGAGGAUGAGGGGGAGGGGGAGGAGGAAGAGGAGGAGGAAGAUGAAGUCAAGGAGGUGGAGCAAGAAAAGCCGUCUCUGCAAGAGGUCAAUGCAUCUUCCAUCAGCAGCAGCUGCAACAGCUCUGGACCAAGCAGUGUAGAGAAGCGGCUUCCCUGCGAAUUCUGUGGCCGCUGCUUCACCAACAACCUCGAAUGGGAACGACAUGUCCUUCGGCAUGGCAUGACGGUUAACAACAGUCGGCUGGACACCAGCACCACUUCAGCAAUAGAGGCUUCAGCUCCAUCUUCCACCGGCUCGUCUGUGUUCUCAGACACAAAACUGGACCUGUCCAGCAACAGCAAAGAGGAAGGAAACCCUGCUGACCUAUCACUGACAAGUCAAAGCCAGUAUGUGGAAGACAAAGAAAUGCUUGACACCAAAAAGGAUCAACAGUUUGGUUGAACUGAUUGUGGCCUCUUGGUAUACUGUGCUAGAAAACAAUAACAUUGGGUAGGAUCAGCGCUGAGUGGGAUUGGAAAAAUAAGAUGUCAAAGGAAACAAAAAAGGUUAAAACUGAAUUAAAAAGUGACUUUUUAUGAGUUGGUGCAUUAUUAGAUUUUAGGUGUUACAUAUAUAAGUAUUAGGUUGUGCUGCAUAAAACGGCUGAGCUCUUUAAACGGGCGGUCCCCUAGGACAGAUCUUAAUAUAUUGGUAACCAAUAGUGAACAGAACUCUUUAUUGCUGACAUUCUGGUCAAAUCUACAGUGAAAGAUCCCACCUAGACAAAACUAAGCUAUUUAUAAGAAUGUUGUCCAAAAUGAUGAACUAAAUUUAGCUUUUUAUUUGAAGCACCUUUUACACUCCUCCCUGCUCACCUGAAACAGGGGUAAUGUAAAUUUACCGAAAAUGCAAGAAACAAGGUAUGAAAGCAUUUACAACCACGGCCCACUGUAGAGAAACCUUUUCUGAUUUCUUGUUGAAAUUUGAGACUUUUUUUCAUCUUAGCCUUGUGUUCAACGUGUGGAGGUUUUCCUUGAAGAAGAGUCGCACCUUAUCUAUUUUAGUAAAAAAAAUUACAAAUCGUGUUUUCAUGACAAUAUGCCCCCAAUGUUUGUAGCAAAUUGCUAUAAUUUAGGUCCCUUAAUAUUAUACUACGUAUAAGCCUGUUGCACCCUUCAAAUUUUAACUGUGCUGUUUUUAUCGUCCAGUAAUUUCACUGAUAAAAUCAUCAAAGUAAUGGGAUUCAUUUAAUUCUCCCUUUCCCCCCUAAAAUACCAUGUUGUUUGUAGUCCAGGCUGAACAAUACUGCAGUUGCCCUGUGCACUCAGCAGAUCAGUAUGUCAACAGAUAUAAGUUAAAUGUGUCAUGACCCAUAUCCGUUCAGGAUUAGCCUGGAGCGCUGCAGCCUUUCACAUUAAUGGCAUCUUGAGCAAGAGACAGAGAUUACACUUGUCUUUUCAAUGCAAAAUUUGUGACUGGGUGUGCCAGAAUCCAGUUCUGUCCACAUUCUUUGGAGGCGUCGUAGCGUCCACACCUCACAGAGACAGAUCCCUAAGGUAUAAACCUCUGGGUGUGGUCCGGUUCACUGGAUCACACUGUGCACAGGGUCGGACCACACUUUGUUCAGACCACCGCGGCUGAGUUUUGAAACCAGUGCGUAAGUGCCUUAAAAUGCAGUUCCUCUGAUGGCCACUGUAUGGCUUUAAUCGCUUUAAAAAAAACAUGAACCGUUUUAAAGUAACUAAGAAAACCCCCCACUUCUCUUAAAAAGUAAAUGUUUCUUCUACUAAAAUGUAUGCCUCAACAACUAAUUUAACUUAUUCUAACGUGUGCCUUAGUGGCAUUUCGGAAAGACUCUCCUUAAUUAAGAUGCGAUUAGAUCAAAUUAGAUUCAUGCUUGUUAUAAUUGCACAGACUACGCGCCAGUACAAUGAAAAGUGGUUGAGCAUCUAGUGCAAGGAUAUGAGGCUGAAAGCAUUGGUUUUACCAGAUUACCAAAAAAAAAAACCAAUUUCAUCUCAUCCACCUGUUGUAGUUUGUAGCCAUACAGAUGUUUAGUUUAUUUGCAUUAGGUAUUGAAAUAUCCGUCUCUAAGAUUUGAUCUAUUACAAGUGAAUGGAAUUUCAUUAGUUACACUCACAGCAUUAAAAAAGUACAACCGUUUUGUAGAUGGGGUUUAUGGAGAGAAAUGCUGCUGUUGAUUUUAUUUUAUUUUUUAAGUAUGUUUUUUUUAAUGUUAUGAGCACCACAAAUGAAAUUCCAGACUAAAAUGGGCAUGUUUGCUUGAUCGACAGAUGUCUAGGCCUUUCACAGUCAGCUCCGGUGACUACAUUACCCUCCGUUUCCUCCAUAUCGUCCGUAUUUGUAUUAGCUUGCAUCGAGCUGUAGUUUAUUGUCCAGUUUUGACGUGCAGAGACACACUGAAAAGACAAGUGUAACUAGAGCAGAAAGCCCUAAUACCAUUUCUUUCUACAUAUAAUAUAUAUAUAUAUAUAUAUGACACUGGUACUAUAUGUUAAAGAUUGACUUUUUUAAAGGUGUCAAAUUCCCCAACUUGAAAAAAUCCCCUUUAAAUUCUCAUUCUGUAUUGACACACCUGUCGUAGUCUGCAUUUGUGUGCUUCUUUUUAGACAAAGUUGUUAUAUUAUUGUUGAUAUUGACAAAAGGCAGAGAUUGUAUUUGCUGGAAGUUGCUGCUUGAAUGCCCUAAAGCCUUAUGAGAAGUGAAUAGCAAUUAAAUCAAAUUUGUCUCCAAUUCCAAUAAGAUCAAUAAGCAACAUUAAACAGACUGAAGUAAAUUGUCUAAUAAAUCCAACGUCCAAUUUGUAGAGGAACACAACUUAUGUAACUGUGUUCUUGGUACCAAAAUAUUUACCAAGCCUGCUGUGUUUGCUGCUGUAAUUGUCUUUGUUAAGCAUUGAACCAUUGAUGGAAACGGGAAAUCUGGGUUUGGACCAUUGAGUUUUGGAAUUAGAGUUCCGUGGGUAGAACUCUGAUGAACUACAUGUUUGCAGCCAUGUAUAGAAAACAAAACUACUCGUUAAGUGUUUGAACUGUGGUGUUUCAGAAAGGAUAAUUUAACCCUUUUUUCCUUUAGGUGUUCUCAUUUUUAAAAAAGAAAAAAAAAAAGAAAAUCUAAAGAUAAUAGCUAACCCUUAGGGGCUUUUGAGUCCCCGAUCCAACAUUAUUACGCUGUUGUACAAUGUCUGGUUACAAUGAAAAAUAUCCCUUUUUUUGUACUGUAAUGGGAAUGAGCAGAUAGGAAUCGCAGUGUGGUUGUACAAUAUUAAACAUAAAGGAAACGUUUGCAGUUCUCUACUAAUUAAUGGCCAGGGCUUGUGUCAUGAAGAACAAAAACAUGGCAAAGGACAAGACAAGCAAACAAUAGUUCCUCUGGGAGCAUUUACCUAAACUGCUGGUCCUUUUCUGGGCUUGACCACCAUCUGGGUUCCACGUCAGCCUAUAGAGCCCUCUGAGAUCGAGCUCAUUCAUACAAAAUGUGACACUCCACUAUCCUCUAUCCAUGACAAGUAAGGGUCUCUAACUCCAAGUGCGCCCGCCCUUAGUCUCUCCACUCAACAACAGGUGGGAAUGUAGCAGUCCUGCUCUGCUCCCCAGUCCGUCUGAUACCUGAAAACCAGUUGAGUUGGUGUUGAAUCUCAAAGCCCUCGUUGUCUGUUUUACAGGACCAGCUUGUAUCUUUUUGAACGUAAAACAGUUUGAAAAUAGUUGUUGUAGAAAUAAGCUUUGCAAGGCAGCUUGUCGCCCAGCUUGAAAGCCCAGCGCAAACCAGAUGAUGAAUUGGGACAAUCUGGGUAAUGAAGCUGUCAACCCAAAAUUGUUUGUUGUUCUGUGAUCAUUUUAAUAGAAAAUGACUAUGAAUCCCUCACUGUGUGCAGUCUCUAGACUGUAAUAUUCCCAGUUUACCCAAAGUUACGCCCCUGCUGACAACACACUGGAUACUUGUAUAUAUGUUUAGUUUGUUUCCAAUGCAUUUCUCUUUUCAGACUGUUGUCUCCAUAGUUUGACACUAGAAUCUCUCCUUCUUGCCUUUUUUCCCAUAUAAAUCUGAUUACCUGAUGGUGGGUUGUGAUGUUGCCUAGAAUGAUUGUUUACAAUUUUAUUCCAUUUAUCUCUGGAUAUUCUGUAAAUAUUGUAAUUCAUUGUCUUUUUUUAACUUGAUAAUAAAGUUAUCAGAUAACAGUUAA